AUGAAAGACAAACACCAGACUAUACUUAUCAUUGGCGCAGGCAUAGCUGGGCUUGCUCUCGCGCAGGGUCUCAAGAAGAAAGGGAUUCCAUUUCUUGUUUUUGAAAGAGAUGCAUCAGCCGUGAGCCGGCCCCAGGGAUGGGCUCUCACAAUCCAUUUCAGUCUGCCACUAUUGUUAGACUUUCUUCCCGACGAUAUUGCAAGCCGACUACACACCACGAAAAUAGACCAGGCUCCAGGACAAGAUCAGAGUCACUCAAUAUUUCUCAACCUGGAGACUUGCACCUCUAAAUGGUCUUUACCGCCCACAUACGGUAACCGCAUGCGGGUCGUGCGAGGCCGACUUCGCAACAUGCUCAUGGACGGCAUUGAAGAUAGAAUUCUAUGGGGAAAGAAACUGGCAUCAUUCGACGUCGGGGCAGAAGGCGUCAAAACAGUCUUCAGCGACGGAAGUUGUUACAGCGGACAGCUUCUAGCUGGGGUGGACGGGUGUCACUCGACGGUCCGGUCCUUGCGGUACGGAGCGGAGCUCUCGCAACCCACACCCAUCCCAGCCUGCUUCCUAGGCACCCAAGCACUGGCCACGGCAUCCCAGAUGAAACCACUGCUUGCACUGGACCAGACGCUUUUCCAAGGGUCGCACCCAACGCACCCUGCCUGGAUGUGGUUUUCCGUCAUGGAACGCCCGAAGCCAGGUGGAGCAGACCCUGUGUGGCGUGUGCAAAUAUGUCUCUCGUGGCUUUCCGCCAACGGGCAUGCAGAUAUACCCAGCACGGACAAUGGGCGCAUUGCCUUGAUGAGGCAGAAAUCGGCAGACUUUCACCCGACGUUCAAAACUAUCUUCCAUGACAUCCUGUCCGAUAGCCAUGGGCCCGUUGUCAACGUUCCUUUGGAAUUCUGGUGGCUACCUUGUGAUGACUUACCCGGUGAUGCAAAGGGCCGUGUCACUCUCGCGGGUGAUGCGGCGCAUACUAUGCCUCUAUAUCGCGGAGAAGGCUUCAAUCACGCUCUCAUGGAUGUGCACAAGCUUCUUGAAGCUAUCGAUGGCGUGCGCGCCAACGACGCAGAUAGAGAACGCAUAGUUCGUGACUAUGAGAUUGAGUACACUACCCGCACAUCAUUGGCGAUCUGUCGAUCACCCGCUUCCCGAAUCUUCCUACCACGUCGCACAAGGGAAAAGGGCGACGCUCAAGCCUACUUUGGCGAGUUCGAGCCCGACUAG